AAUUCCAAAAGCCGCCAUGGGGCUGCUUCGUACGUCACUCUGAGCACGGAUAUGCGAACGUGCUUUUAUUUGUUUGUGUGCGUGUGAGAGAGUGUCUGUAGUGAGAAGCAGCAGCAUGGUCAAAGGGCCGUGAGAGUGUCAGCGAAAAGAAAUAUAGCACGGAUUUGCGCUUCCGACAGCUCGAUCCACAAUAGAUUUAGAUGGAUAAGAUGACGCACGAUUUGUGAGCGUCAGCUUUUGAGGAAGGAACUUUGCAGUGUGCAAAUAACCCGUGAUGAGAUGAGAUUCCAUUGCUACCGCUGGAAUCUCGCACCAUUGAUUGGCCUGUGCUGUGCAGUCUGUCUUUGAAUAUGGGCCUCCACCACCACUGAGCUAAAAGUGUUCUUUAAACUUGAGUUUAAAAUUCACACAACAACUUACCAGCUCUCUGCUUCUGCCACAGACAACCGACUCAGUGGCAUGACUGGCUUAGGUGAUGAGCAAGAGGAGGACGUUCUUUCUCUCUCCUUCACCUGGCAUUGUUACGCUGCAGAUAACAACAGAGCACUCUGAUGACCAAGCCUUUGCUCCUGCCACCAAAACUAAGAUGGCCGACCAAUGUGGCAUGUGCACUUUCUGCCCCUCAGAACGCGACAUGGACGGUAAAAUCCACGUCUCCCUGGACAAUGACUCCGUGUGGCAGGAGUUCCAUAGCAUUGGGACGGAGAUGCUCCUGACGAGGGAGGGUUCCCGCAUGAUCCCCUUCUGCCGCUUCAGGCUGACCGGUCUGGCCCCCCACCGACACUACUUCCUCCUCAUGGACUUUCAGCUCGUGAACAAGAGCAGGGCGCAGGGUGGACUGAGUGACACGCACAAGGUGGUCAGCCACAUCUACACACAUCCCUCGUCGCCUGCCACGGGCUUGAAGUGGAUGCGAGUGCCGGUGACAUUCAACAUGGUGAAGCUGACCAGCGACCUGCUGAAUGAUCCCCGCAUCGUGAUGCUGAAGUCAGACCAGCGGUACGUCCCUCGGCUGCACGUGGUGCCCUUUGACCCCAGCAGGGGUCGAACGGUCGACCUUGAUGACCCGGAGACGUGGAUGUUCAUGUUCCCGCAGACAGAGUUCUGUGCCGUCUCGUGCUACCAGAACCUCCAGCUCAUCAACCUGAAGAUCAAGCACAACCAGUUUGACCAUGAAGAGAUGCAUUUAGGCACGUACAUGCAAUCACCACCAGGGGCCGCCCAUGAGUCCAGUGCCUCUCCAUCACCUGAUUUCAACCAUACCAAAAACAAGUGCUUCCUCAGGGCUAAGAAGCCAUAUCUCCCCACUGCUGCUCAGUUGGGGCUCGAGGCAUCUCCAGUGCUCAAGAAGAAGAUGGAUUCAGAGCCGUCAUCACCUGAUGACUCCUCUGUAGUCACGGAAACACCAUCUGGACCAGGGCAAGUGACUUGUAACAUGGCUGUCUCCAUUACCAGUCCAGGAGGCAACUGGGGUAACAGAACCUGAGGAAGCUACUGAAGAAGGUCCAGAGGUCCAGCAGGAGAGUAUUGUGCAGCUGCAGAAGGUGUUGCUGUUGGAUCUGGGGUCUAUCAAACACAGACAGGUCAUCCAUCCUGCUCUGCAACAGGAUGAAUGGCAAACCCUGCCCAGAGGCCAGUCUGCUGGGUCGAAUGGGGGCGCUGCAUUCAGCCAAUCGGCCUGCAGGACUGGUCACGGGCCGGAUGGUGACCUUACCUCAGAUGGAGGCUGAAGAGAGGCCCAGGGCGACGGUCAGAAGGACCUCCAAGGCUCUGAGCUCCUUGGCAGGGUCCUCCCAAACCCCAGACGCUUCCGUGGGGGAGACGGCAGUGUCUGGGCCACUGGUUGAUGCUCUGAGCGGUCCUUAGCUUGUCCACAUCCCUAUUGGUUCUCCUGAUAGAGCUGCUGCUCCUCCUGCCCCCGCGACCCUUGACCUCACCGUUCCGGCGACCCCUGCCCCGAAGGUUGUUCUGCUGCCAGUGAGCAAGGUCACUCAGAAGGACGCCCUCUACUGCCAACGCAAUGGGCAGCUGUUCCAAGUGUUCCGAGUGCAGAAUGUCACGUCCCGCAGCAAUCAGAAAGACAUGACGUACGUCCAACCCAACGGUCAGAAGGUCGUCCUGGUGCCCUUGACGACGCACCAGGCCAAGCUCAUACCUGCCCCUGGGUCUGCACUCACCCCAUCUCCUGUUCCAGGCACUCAGAGUAGCCUCCCUAUACCCGGUGGGGAAGUUGGAGGAGAUGGUGCAGCUCAUGCCCAUGGAGUGUAAUUGGCGCAGCUCAUGCCCAUGGAGUGCGAUUGGCUCUCUGCAGACUAUCCUGAUGACCGCUCCGAGUCACUGACAAAGAAUGCUGAGCAUGCAAACAAGACACACAGUGGAUCAAACCGCAAACAAGGCAGGCCAGCCAAGCAGACCAAAGUCCAUAGCCACCUGCCCUAAGCCAAGAACGCCUCUGACUAUCUGAGGCCACCGAACCCAUGUCAGGGCUCCACCCCGAGCAUCUUCAGCUGCAGCGCCACACACACACACACACACACACACACACAGAGGGAAGAGCAGGGCACAACGGAGAUGAGAACACACACACACACACAGAGGGAAGAGCAGGUGACGGUGAUGAGCACACACAUACAGACAGACAGACGGAAGAGGAGACGACAGCAGAAUCCCCCCCCCCCACACACACACACACACACACACACACACACACAAAGAGGGAAAAGGAGGGGGUGGAGAUGAGUGGACGCACUACAGGUCACCAUAUUGGGGGCUUCCUUGUUACGGUUACCAGUACUGUACCUACUGACAAGUGUAUAUGUAAGUGCCUUCAGGGAUGGUCAUGAUACAGGUCUUUUCUUUAGACUCCAGACUUAUUGUAAAUUAGUUGUAGAUUGUAUUGUAAACCAGAGACAUUUUUAUCACGCCUUCUGUUAUCAUAAAGGACAUGA